GAGUGUACUUCCACACCACUACUGCUCUGGACACCCUCUGGCUGUCUGUGUCGACCUGCUUUUAACCUCUCUGUACUGGAUACUGUCUUUUUGGAUACUUUUUCUCACUUCUUUGACACUUUUGCAUGGAUUACUGAUUUAAAAAUGCAUUCCCAGCUGUUGUUGGAUGAAUUCAGCCAUGGUUGACGCCAAGCAGCCGUGACCUAGGAACUAUAGAGUGACUGGCCAUUGUGCCCUUGAUCAGCAACCCAUGAUUUCCCCCAAGGGAUCUCCUGUACUGGAAGAUGUUUUGCAUAAUAAAAGCAUGGUAAAUGGGUAUCCCAGUGUAAAAUGGAGGAUAGUUUUGAUUGCGACUGCGGUGAGCUGGAGCCGCCUGAUCACUGAGAAGGAAUAGUCUCUCUGAUAUAAUCAACCCUUUCGGUUUCCCCACAUCAGGUGCUUUAAACAGAAAAAAGAAAAAAAAAGAUUAGUAGAUUUAUCACCAUUUACUUGGACCGUUAGUAAUGCUGCUGCUCAGGACCAGUCAUACACUGAAAAUUUCUACACUGUGACGAUGAUUUUAUAGGUAGUGACUUCAGUUACGUUCAGAGAUAUUUGAUUGGCAUCCAAAUUCAUUCCAUUUAACAUUGAAAUUAAAAGAAAAAUCUCCCACACUCUACAUUUAAAAAGCUGCUAAAAAGUGCUGUGGAUGAUGAAUACGCUGUAACAGUCGUUUGGGGAAAACGCUCAAGUCUUCGUAGGCUUGAGUGUUUGUCUCGUCUUUUUUGUUGUUCAGUUAGGUUUGCCAUUCUCAAUUAGCUCUAGUAGUCGCAACUCAAGAUCAGCUGCAUAUCAGUUAAAUCCGAAAUCCUUCCUCCUAUAAUAUCUGCACAGAGCUGCUCUUGUAGACCGCAAAAUGGCAGAGAAAUUUGAAAGCCUUAUGAACAUUCACGGCUUCGACCUGGGCCCUCGCUACAUGGACCUAAAGCCUCUGGGCUAUGGGGGCAACGGACUGGUCUUUUCCGCCGUCGACACCGAUUGUGACAAGAGGGUCGCUGUGAAAAAGAUUGUCCUAACCGAUCCUCAGAGCAUCAAACACGCACUGCGCGAAAUCAAGAUCAUUCGCAGGCUCGAUCACGACAACAUCGUGAAGGUGUUUGAAACGCUGGGGCCCAGUGGCCGGAGGCUCACGGAGGACGUGAGCUCUCUGACGGAGGUCAACUCUGUGUACAUCGUACAGGAGUACAUGGAAACAGACCUCUGUAAAGUGCUGGAACAGGGCUUGUUGUCCGAGGAUCAUGCACGGCUGUUCAUGUACCAACUGCUGCGAGGACUCAAAUACAUCCACUCUGCAAACGUGCUUCACCGAGACCUGAAGCCUGCCAACCUCUUCGUCAAUACUGAGGACCUGGUACUGAAAAUUGGGGAUUUUGGACUUGCCCGUAUCAUGGACCCCCACUAUUCCCAUAAGGGGUAUCUGUCUGAGGGACUGGUCACUAAAUGGUAUCGUUCUCCUCGUCUGCUCCUUUCCCCAAAUAACUACACCAAAGCCAUUGACAUGUGGGCCGCAGGGUGCAUCUUUGCUGAAAUGCUGACUGGAAAAACUCUCUUUGCAGGAGCUCACGAGCUGGAACAGAUGCAGCUGAUUCUGGAAUCCAUUCCGGUAGUCCAUGAGGAAGACAGACUGGAGCUCCAAAGUGUAAUACCUGUCUUUAUCAAGAACGACAUGUCAGAACCACACACGCCGCUCGCCAAGUUAUUGCCUGGUGUCAGCCCUGAGGCCUUGGAUUUCCUGGAGAAGAUCUUGACGUUUAACCCCAUGGACCGGCUCACUGCGGAAGAGGCUCUUGCUCACCCAUACAUGAGCGAUUACUCCUUCCCUCUAGACGAACCAGUGUCUUUGCAUCCCUUCCACAUUGAGGAUGAGGUGGAUGACAUCUUGCUCAUGGAUGAGAGCCACAGUCACAUCUACAACUGGGACAGGUACCAUGAAAGUCAGUUCUCUGAUCAAGACUGGCACCUGCACAGCACCCAUGAACUAGAAGACGUGCAGCGGGAUCCUCGAGCUAUGUCAGAUGGCACGGAUGAGGAGGAGGUCCAGAUCGAUCCACGCAAAUACAUGGAUGGGGAGUGUGAGAAGUUCCUAGAGGAUCCAUCGUUCGAUCUUCCACCAGAGCGCUCGUGGCAACAGGAAGAUCACCAUGAGAACAAAUACUGCGACCAGGAGUGCAGCUACACUUGCAACUACAAAGCUGUGUCCCCAUCCUACCUGGACAAUCUGAUCUGGAGGGACAGUGAGGUGAACCACUACUAUGAGCCCAAACUCAUCAUUGACCUCUCCAACUGGAAAGAACAGCAAAGCAAAGAGAAGAAUGACAAAAAAGGCAAGACCAAGUGUGAGAAGAACGGACUGGUCAAGGCCCAGAUCGCCCUGCAAAACCACUGCGUGGCCGAGAAGGAUCGCGAACAAGAAAAACACCAGGGCUUCGACUUUGAUUCGUUUAUCGCCAGCACUAUCAAAAUGAGCCUUCAGCCAGAAUCCGGCGACGUUGACCUCCUGAAUGAGUUGAACACCUCCGUUUCCCAGCUGGACACCCGUGCUCCUUGCGGCUCCAUGUCCAAGUCCAUCAGUCAGGAGAAAGAAGAGAAGUGUCUUGUAAACCUGGCACAGCUCGGCGUCCGAGCACCCUGUCCUUGGGAGAGUUUCACGGACAGCGACGUUACCGAGAGCAGCAUAAUCGACGAGGCUUGCUGGGACGUCCGCAAAGAUGAGCAGCUCCAGAAGGAGAACAGCAGCUGCCAGAGCAGUUACUUAGACCGCCUCUUCAACAAGCGUGAGGAGGUAGAGUCCGAGAUCCCCGAACCUGUCGAGGAGUCCACACCGGAGGAUGACUUCAUAUCCUGUGGCGGCGAGAUUGUCUUUAACAUGCAGCUGGAGUCUCUGGCCAUUCCGGGGUUCGAGGGAGCGGGUGACAUUCCUCUGAAGUCCAUCCAGGCCACGUUAACGCCCUCUGCUGUUAAGCGCUCCCCACAAAUCGCCCACAAAACCUACAGCAGCAUUUUCAAGCAUUUAAAUUAAACAAUCCACCCUGUUCAAGCAGAGUCCAGCUUAUUUUUUAUAGAGUUAUGUAUUUCUGUACUUGAAUCAUUUUUUUUAUCUUUUUACAUAUGUUACUUCUAAGGAAACAAUUUUUUUUUUUAUUUGUGGAUUAAAUGUAAGCUAAUUCAGUUCAUAAAUUCAUCCAAAGUGCUGGACUGUGUUCCUACACAUGAAAUAUGUUUUUGCCCUCUAAUUUUCAGUUUCAACUCUGAUAUAUAUAUUUAAAAAGAAACUAACACCAUGAUAUUUGCACACAGUGUACUGUAGAUUCAGAAACAUAUUAGGGAAAGACAGAGGAACGACUGUUAAGUAGUGAAAUAGAUGGUUUAUCUAUUUGCAAGCAAAGGAAUAGAGAAAAAGAGGGC